AGAAAGAAGAAGUAAUAUAUACUACAUACAUAAAAAAAAAUAAAAGUAAAAAAAUAUAUAUAAAAAGAAGAACGAAACGAAUUUGGUUUGCGAACAACAAGACAUACCAAAUUUUUAUUACACAUUUCUCCAUCCAGUUUCAUACAUCAAUCAAUUAUUAUAUACAUAUUUCCCGAGAGUAAAGUUAACUUAGAAACAAGUAGAAAAAAAAAGUAUAAGCUGUUCCCUUUCGAUCGGUGUGUGUGUGUGUGUGUCGAUUCGUUUUAUUUUUUGUACGUGAAGUUCUUUCUUUUUUUUCCUCUCAUUCUCUCUCACACACACGCUUGUUUAAUUGAAACAGAAAGCAAGACGAGAAAAAAAAGAGAAAUUGAUUUUAGUUAUUGUGUGUUGUUCAACACCACACAGAGUAAGUGAGAGAGAGAAUAAAAAAAAAGUGUCGAAUAAGAAAGAAAAACGACAUACCGAGGAAGCGUUUAAAAAAAGUACACAUCGAUAGACUCAUCCCAAAACGACGACGAAUCGAGUGUGGUUUUUUCUUUGUUACGAGAAGAGAAGAGCAACAUCAGUCGUGAGCAGAACGUUGGUGUCGAGCUUUCGCAAAUCACAACAGCAGUAACAGCAACAGUAGCAGCGAUUACUUGAAGAAGAAACCAACGAGACACGAAAACUCAACAUAAAAUCAUUUCGGUGAAAACAGGGUUUUCGCUUUAAUUUUCAUCCCCCGUUCAAUUCAAACACCAUUUUUUUUUCGCGAGUUAUCCGAACAGACACAUUGAUAGCAACGGUAAAAAUUCACCACAUUUCAGCAGCAGCAGCGCGAUUUUUUCAGCGACAGGUUUUUAUGUCCGAUGUCUAGUGCUGAAGUCAUUGAGAGUUCUGUUGAUCCACCAGCCGCCAAAAAACGGAAGUUGCAAACCAAUAACGCUUCCAACGCACCAGCAACAAUGGCGAAUAACAAUGGAUCGACUUCGCGCGAAACACCUGGUGAAAUCGAUGAAGGACUCUACUCGCGCCAAUUGUACGUGCUCGGCCACGAUGCCAUGCGUCGCAUGGCCAAUUCGGACAUUCUCAUUUCCGGAUUGGGCGGUUUAGGCGUGGAAAUUGCCAAAAAUGUUAUACUCGGCGGUGUUAAAUCAGUAACACUACAUGACAAAGUGAGUGCAACCGUUGGCGAUUUAUCGUCACAAUACUAUUUAACCGAAGCAGAUGAAGGGAAUAAUCGAGCCGAAGCGACCGCCAAACAUUUGGCCGAACUCAAUAGCUAUGUACCGGUGCGUGUGAAUACAAGCGAUCUCACCGAAACAUUUAUCAAGCAAUUCCGUGUGGUUGUACUAACGGAAACAUCAAGUGCCGAACAGGAUCGAAUUGCAGCGAUUACACAUGCAAAUAAUAUUGCAUUGAUCAUUGGACAGACGCGUGGUUUGUUUGCGCAAAUUUUCUGCGAUUUUGGCGACAGUUUCACCGUUUACGAUGAAAAUGGUGCACAACCGGUAUCGAACAUGGUGGCCAGCAUCACCAAAGAUACGGACGGUAUCGUUACAUGUUUGGAUGAAACGCGCCACGGUCUCGAAGAUGGACAAUAUGUUACAUUCUCAGAGGUGGAAGGAAUGACAGAGUUGAAUGGCCAUGCUCCGAUUAAAAUUAAAGUGCUUGGUCCAUACACGUUCAGCAUUGGCGAUACAACGACAUUUGGCACGUACAUUCGUGGUGGCAUCGUGACCCAGGUGAAAAUGCCGAAAAUAUUUUCGUUCAAAGCAUUGGCCGAUGCCAAAAAGGAUCCAUCGUAUGUAAUCACGGAUUUUGCCAAAUUCGAAACACCAAAUCAAUUGCAUUUGGCUUUUGAGGCUUUGGACGAGUUUAUGGUGCAGAAUGGCCGUUUGCCGGCACCAUGGUCCGAAAAGGAUGCAAAAACAUUCUUGAAUUUGGCCACCAUACAAAAUGCUGACAUCACCGUCGAUGAGAAAUUGUUAACCACAUUCGCAAAGGUGAGCGCCGGUGAAUUGUGUCCAGUGAAUGCGGUCAUCGGUGGUACCAUUGCUCAAGAGGUGCUCAAAGCAUGCUCCGGUAAAUUCACACCCAUUCAACAGUAUUUGUACUUUGAUGCCAUCGAAUGCUUGCCCGAAAAUGAACUUACCGAAGACGAUUGCAAACCGAUCGGUUCACGAUACGAUAAACAAAUCGCCGUGUUUGGCCAGCAAUUCCAAGAGAAACUUGGCAAUAUGAAGUACUUUAUUGUUGGUGCCGGCGCCAUUGGUUGUGAACACUUGAAGAAUUUCGCAAUGGCUGGCAUCGGUGGCGGUAGCAAAGGUGAAGUCAUCAUCACCGAUAUGGACCUCAUCGAAAAAUCAAAUCUCAAUCGUCAGUUCUUGUUCCGGCCACACAAUGUUCAGCAAUCGAAAUCGCAAACCGCCGCCAAGGCCAUUCGUGCAAUGAACAAGGAUAUCAACAUCAUCGCACACGAGAAUCGUGUCGGCCAAGAAACCGAAAACGUCUAUAACGAUGAAUUCUUUGAGAAAUUGGAUGGCGUUGCCAACGCUCUGGACAAUAUGGAUGCACGUAUUUACAUGGAUCGGCGCUGCGUAUUCUAUCGCCGAAUGCUCAUCGAUUCAGGCACCUUGGGCACAAUGGGAAAUGUUCAGGUUGUUGUUCCAUUUGUCACCGAAUCGUACAGUGCCACACAGGAUCCACCCGAGAAAAGCAUUCCGAUUUGUACAUUGAAGAAUUUCCCUAAUGCGAUCGAGCACACAUUGCAAUGGGCACGUGACACAUUUGAGGGUGCAUUCAAUAAAAACGCGGAAAAUGCAUCGCAAUACAUUUCCGAUCCAACGUUCGUCGAGCGUGUUGUGAAACUGCCGGGCGUUCAACCACUUGAGAUUUUGGAAUCGGUUAAAGUGGCUUUAAUCGAUGAAAAACCAAAAGACUUCGCCGACUGUGUGAAAUGGGCACGUCAUUACUGGCAAGAAUGCUAUUCGAAUCAAAUUCGUCAGUUGUUGUUCAAUUUCCCGCCCGAUCAAACUACAUCCAGCGGUCAACCGUUCUGGUCCGGUCCAAAACGUUGCCCAAAACCAUUGACAUUCGAUGUGAAUGAUCCAAUGCAUGUGGAUUACGUCUACGCGGCCGCCAAUUUGAAGGCACAAUCGUAUGGUUUGCCACAGGUGCGUGAUCGUGCUACCGUUAUUGAAUUGGUGCAACAAAUUGAAGUGCCCGAAUUUACACCAAAAUCCGGUGUUAAUAUUGCCGUCACCGAUGCUGCCAUGCAAGCCGAACAUAAUAAUGGCGAAGGGCUAGACGAAUCACGUGUCCAAUCGAUCAUCACGCAAUUAUCGAAUCUAGGCAAAAUUGAUUUCACAAUUACACCACUAGAAUUCGAAAAGGAUGACGAUAACAAUUUGCAUAUGGAUUUCAUAGUGGCCUGCUCAAAUCUUCGAGCCACCAACUACAGUAUUCCAACCGCUGAUCGUCACACAUCGAAAUUGAUUGCUGGCAAAAUUAUUCCGGCCAUCGCAACGGCCACAUCCGUUGUGUCUGGUUUGGCAUGCUUGGAAGUGUAUAAACAUGCACAAGGCUAUAAAUCCGUCGAACAAUUCAAGAAUUCGUUCUUCAAUUUGGCAUUGCCAUUGAUGACAUUCUCGGAGCCCAUCAGAGCCGCCAAACAGAAGUAUUACGAAAUCGAAUGGACGGCCUGGGAUCGUUUUGAGGUGCAAGGCGAACUAACAUUGUCCGAAUUCAUCGAUUACUUUAAAACUCAACACAAAUUGGAGAUCACAAUGUUGUCACAAGGCGUGUCAAUGUUGUAUUCAUUUUUCAUGCCAAAAGCAAAAUAUCAAGAGCGCAUGAAUAUGCCAAUGUCAGAGGUUGUGAAAAAGGUUUCGAAACGAAAGAUUGAGCCGCAUGUGCGUGCGCUCGUCUUUGAAAUUUGCUGCAAUGACAUUGACGGCGAAGACGUUGAGGUGCCCUAUGUAUGUUACACUCUUCCAUAAAAUCGACGGCGCCAUCGUCGCACUCAACCCAAUGAACGACCGAUACGAACGAAACGGAAAAAAUAUGCACCGAAUUAACAUCCAGCAACAACACACAACCGAACAUCAGCUGCAAAUCAAACAUCGAGGAUUGAGUGAAUUCUAUAUUAUGUGGAGAGAAACGAGAAAGAAUAAAACAACCAUUUGAAAGAAGAAGAAAAAAUGAUGAAAACAAUAAAAAAAAAAAUUAAAUAAUAUUUGUAGUUAAGUAAGAGAAUGAGAGACGUAACACGAUGAUAAAAUAUUCUUAAGACCAGUUAAAUUAGGGAUCAGAUUAAAGAAGAUGAUGAAAGAAAAAGAAGAAACGGAAUCGCCACGCGAUCUGAAGCAUUUAAUGCUCUUUUCCGUUCUUGUCUGUCAAUAACACCGGGGUGUUAAAAACAUGUGUGUGAGUCUCAAUCAGCGAUUUAUUUUUAUUUUCUUGGUUUUCUCUCUAUCUCUGCAAAUGUAUACAUUACUUUUCUUUUUUUGUUUCACUUCAAUAUUAUGAACAUAAGCAAGAAAAUUGAGGGGAGAUUUUUUUUUAACUUAAAACACCAUCCCGCCCCAACACACAAACACACGCGCAUCUAAAUGCAUUAAGUAAAUAAUCAAUUUGUAAAUGAUAAGCAUUUUUUUUUCCUCCUGUCAUUUAAUUAAAACAAAAACGAAGCAAAAACAAAUAAAAACCACUACAUUUGUCAAUCUCUCUUUAUCACCCACAAACUGUCUCCCUUAUGGCGCUGCGUAUUCUAAUUAUUUUCGAACAUCAAACAAAAUUGAUCUAUACACUGAGAGAACCAAAUGCGAAUAAAAUUCAAUAAAAAAAAACAGAAUUUCUGUCAAAACGAA